UUCGUUCUUCGUCAAUUGACGAGCGAGAAGGAAACAUAAAUCUGCGUAGCAAAACGUAUAAAUAAAAGUAAAAUAUGGCCCAACCCUUUGAAAAUUUACGGGAACUUGGAAAUCAAUCGAAAUUGCGCGCAUUUGUUCAAGAUUCAAGUGUGGAAGAGCUCGUACGAAUAGUACGCAACAGUAUUUGCAAGCCGGAUGCUGUAAAAAUAUUAGACGAUCUUUUGCAAGCAUUUUCCGAUUCUGAUCACGUCUGUCAACAAAAACGACGUAAACUGAUCGAAUCUACGAUAAACAGUUUGGAAAAAGCUAAGAUAUCUACGGGACAGGCAAACGCAAUCGUUAAUCGGAUAAUUUCUGAUCUUCCGAGAUAUUCCAAAGAACAUCUUGUUAAACUUGUUGAUUUUUGCCUUACUAAUAUUCAUCGUGACGAUCAUGAGUUACAUAGUUGGAAAGAUUUAUUACCUGUGUUACUUGAAGCACUGGAAAAUGAAAAAUAUGUCCUCUAUGCAGAUGCCCAAGUUUCAGGAACUGAAUAUAAAUCGUUAAUUGUUAAAGCUAUAUGUAAUUGUCCAUGGGACGUUAAUCUCUUACCAUCUAUGGCAAAAAUGUUUGGGGAUAUCACUUUAAACAAGCUGGAUCACAAUCAACUCGUCCAAACGUUGUGUUCUAAUCUCCCACGUUUACCUUUGGAUAGAGUACCUUCUUUUGUCUAUCAAACGUUAAAAUUAUGCAAAGAUCGAGAUAAUCGGAAACUUUUCAGUGCCUUGUCUAAAUAUUUCCACUGUUACUAUUCCAAAGCAACUUCUCUAGAUGAUAAGGAUAGUAGCAUUGAAGACAUUGGUACGCUAAAUAUAAAAGAGGUACAAGAUAUUGAAAGCACCGUUCUCUAUCAUGUAUAUCAAGCUGCUCAGCUAAAUCAUGAAAAUAUGAGAGAUUUUAUUCGUUUUCUUAAACAUGUGUCGUAUGCUUCCGAGUAUAUGUUGCAACCGUUUAUGCUCGCUGUAUUAAUGUCGGUUUCCAGCAUAUACGAAGAUCAGAUCUUUGAGGCAUUGAGGAUGGCUAUUGUUAACAGUAAUUCGGAGAAAGGAAAACAGCAGACUAGUGCAUGGUUGAGACAACUUUUACCUUCUUCCUGCAAUAUAAUUCGGAUUAUUCGACAAGUCAUUGAUAGCAGCAAUAAAGACCGUCACUUAGUUCUGAAAGGGCUCACGAGUCUAGCUUUCAUGUUAAUGAGUGCCGAUCAAAAAUUAAAAGGUAAUACAACUACAGCUAUGUGGUGUACGGGCUCCGAAAUAGUUCGAGAAGUAAUUAAGAAACGUCAUGAAACAGUUCCAAUUGUAUUACAAGAAUUGAUUAAUAAAAUAGUAGCAGGAGGAAUGACAACUACUCAUUAUACAGAUUGUUUAAAGUAUAUGUGUCGUGAAUUAUCAAUGAUCGUUUUGGAUCAUCAAGUCUGGAUUAUGACCCUUCUCGAGCGAUUGCUAUUUUUCCCCAGUAUAGUUGCUAAUCAAGUUUUGUUCGCAAUUUUUCCCUUGAUGCACGUUUCAUCCAACAUCAGAGAAAAUCUCCUGUUGACUUUGAGAAAAGCUCUUUACAGGAAAGGAAUAUCGAAACGACAGAUGGCUGUCACCGGGUUUCUUGAAAUGUUAAAAUACUCGAAAAUGCAUUCUCUGGCCAGUUUCAGACUCAGUCAACGUUGCAACUCCUCAGAGCAUGCGAUAAGCUCUAGUUCGAGGUCAACGUUAACACAGGUCACUUUAGAGUAUAAUUCGCAACGUGAAAAAUCGAUUACGCGAUUAGAACGCGAUAAAACUUUGUGUUACGAGAUAUUGGAUAUAUUAAAAAAGAGCUUUACUUAUGAGUUUCAAGUCAGAUUACAUUUGUACGAAGGUCUACACGAUACUAUCAGCAAAAAUUCUGAAAUAACGGAAAUCCUUCUAGAUAUGCUUCUUUCACAUUUCAAUCUUUAUUUUCAUACAGACGAUGAUAUCUUACCACCUGUGAGAUUCGAAUUAUGUACGGAUAUUCGUGGAACGGAGAUAGUUUUACAAGAACCUAUCGCUCAGUUGAUAUUUACAUUACAAAAAAUAUAUAUUGAUACCAUUCCGCGGAACUCAAAUACUUUCGAAACAUUAUACAGUAUUUUAGAGUCGUUGUGUAGAAGAAUGCCAGCUACAGAUUUCGAGCAUUUCAAUCUGGACCAUGGCACUGAUCUACUUCAUGGGGACUUUCCAAAAUCUCAUAUCAAGUUAAAACAUCUUGGUAUGGCUAUCGAGGUUUACGAAGCUUUAAUAGCGUUUCAAAUUGGCAAAUGCUCGAAAGGAAAUGAAGAAAGUUCUUAUAAGAUUAACGAUUUAUUUAAAGGAUAUACACGAUUCACAAAUUUUAUUAAAAUGCAAUCUACAAAAGUGAAAAAAAUCGAUAGUGGCAAUUCUAAAAAGGACGGAAAUUUAAAUAAUACAACCAAAAAGAUCGUCAAAUCAAACAGUGUGAAAUUACCAAACACUAUUAUGAAUUUGGACAUUAUAAGUCAAAGCUUGACGCUUUUAUAUUCACAGUCUUCUUCAUCUCAAAAUCGGACUAUGCUUCGUGAAAAUCACAACUUUUGCCGUUACAUAUUACAAACAAGUGAACAACUUCUACAACGCGCCAGAUCACACAGUACCGAUGUUCCUGAUAUGCGAAACAUUCGGUACAUAAGCACGUACAUUGAGGUAGGAAGGUUGCUUUAUAAAUAUUUCGUAUUAAAUCUAAACGAUGCACUUGCAAACGAUGAACAAGUAACUAUACUGGCUUUGCAAUGUUUCAAAGAAAUUUCUUCUUGUAUGUGUACAUUAUUCUCGUCGGAAUUGCCGAGGUUUCUCAAUGCUAUUCUGCAAACUGAGAAUGAUUCAAUAUCGGUGGAUAUCAAUUCCCAAUUGCAAGAAAUUAUUUUUUCAUUAAAGCCUUCUUUAAUGGCAUCGCUGGUUGAGGAGACAGACGACAAUGAGAGAAAAAAAAUACCGUUUCUCUUGUUACAGAUAAUGGAACAAUUUGCAUAUAAAAUUAAUUUUGAAACUUAUAAUCCUGAGAAGAUUCUCAAGUGUACCAGAAAAAUGAUUCAAACGGAAAAUAUUCAAAGUCCUAUCGUUCCUGCGUUAAUACAGUUUUUCCUAAAUUUGGAAGAACACACUCGAGAAUACGGAGAAACGUUGAACGAGAUAUGUCUGGAGCUAUGCGAAAAAGUUGGAAGCAUCGAUGGUACUGAAAUAGCAUCAAAUCAGCAGUAUAAAGUUAUACGCGAAGAUACCGUUUUACAAAUUUAUAACGUGUUGAACGGUCACAUAAAAGAAAAACUGAAUAACACUUGUUGGUUGUUGAUGCGAUUAAAGGCGGAAGACACCAUAUCUCGAACAUCUGGAACAGUCGACGAUGUUUGGAACAACAAUCUAAGAGAAAAAGAGCGAAAUCUGUGUAAACAAUUAUCUCACGUUGCUCAAGUGCUUCAUACGUUAGCAAAUAUGUCAGUGAAACCAGGCCUAUGUACUGACGUUACGUUCAAAAAUUUGCAAUACUUGUAUCAUUUACUUGGAAAUCUUACAAAGUAUUUCUAUGCGAAAUCAAACGAUCAGAAUGUAGCGUUCCAAGCAGUUAAAUUCAUUCAAGUGGUACAGCUAGCUGGUAAACCAUUAAAAUCUGCUUUUUAUAAUUUAGUAACGUACGUCGAGGAAAAUCAAAACAAAUUACAUUCAAAGUGCGAUUCAUACGCGCAGCGGAAUAAAAUUUUAAAAGAAACAAAAGUAAUACCUCGCGUAGUGUACGAGAUCGAACAGUUUAAUAAAGAAAUAUUGCUGCUUGGCAAAAGAACGGGCGUACCGUUAGAAAAUUAUAUGAAACACAGCGUGACGAGAGAUUUUCGAAUUAAGAAUCCACAACUGGUAGAAGGACUUGAGAAAAUGGAUGUGAGCUUGCUCACUGCUUCAUCAAACUUGGAAAACACUGAAAAUGAAAUGGACAACUUAAACGUGGAUGAUGAAUCCAAAAGCAGCAGUAGUGGCGAUGAUGCACUACCGUUAAGAAAACGACUUAGAAUCGAGGAGAAUUGAG